UCCAUCACAUCUGCUGCAACACCAGAGUCCAUAUCCGGACUAUAUCCAAAUACUUUCUGUUAUUAUCUAAUGUUUGCUGAUCUAUAUUGCCUUCAAAAAUACUGAUAGAUUUUUGAAGGCAAUAUAGUGGAAACAUUUAAAUAUCUGGUUUGGUGUCUGCUUAUAUGGAAGCGCAGGUGACUCGACGCUGCAGAGACAGAGUAAGUGCUGGAGAUCUCACUCUUCAACAUGAAUCACACACAAACACCCCGAGAUCAGGAUUUCUCUCCAGGAUGCAGUUCAGUUGAUCAGAAGAGAUCAGAAGCAGAGCCCAGCUGUGUGUCUGUGAGGAGUGAUGCUUCUUUGUUUCAUCUAAUUGACUUUAAGAGUGAUGACACAAGGUCAAUCCUGCAACACAGAUCAGUAACAAAACCCUUCUGUAAGAAAUAUGACCAGUCUAUGAAUCAACCACAACACAACACGUAUCCUGGUGUGAGCCAUGAAGUCCUAAACACGUUCAGAUCAAAUCUGCAGCAGAAGUUUGAGCGUCUGUAUGAGGGAACAGCGACACAGAGAAACUCAACACUCCUGAAUGAGAUCUACACAGAGCUCUACAUCACAGAGAGUGAGAGUGGAGAGAUCAGUAAUGAACAUGAGGUGAGACAGAUUGAGACACAAUCCAGGAGAGAAGCAACCGAGGACACAGCCAUCAAAUGCAGUGACAUUUUUAGACCUUUACCUGGACAAGACAAAGCCAUCAGAACUGUGCUGACAAAGGGAGUCGCUGGCAUUGGAAAAACAGUCUCUGUGCAGAAGUUGAUCCUGGACUGGGCUGAAGGGAAAGAGAAUCAGGACGUCCAGCUCAUAUUUCCACUUCCUUUCAGAGAAAUCAAUCUGAUGAAGGACAAAACACUCAGUCUUUCAGACCUUCUUCAUGUGUUUUUCCCUGAAACUAAAGAAAUGGAGAUAUCCAGUGAUGAAUAUAAAGUGUUGUUCAUCUUUGAUGGUCUGGAUGAGUGUCGUCUGUCUCUGGACUUUAAGAGUAAAGUGAAACUGUGUAAUAUAUCUGAAUCAGCCUCAGUGGACGAGCUGCUGAUGAACCUCAUUGUGGGGAAUCUGCUUCCCUCUGCUCUCAUCUGGAUCACCUCCAGACCAGCAGCAGCUGAUCUCAUCCCCUCUGAGUGUGUCCAUCGAGUGACAGAGGUACGAGGCUUCAAUCAGCCACAGAAGGAGGAAUACUUCAGGAAGAGAAUCAGUGAUCAGAGUCUGGCCGACAGGAUCAUCUCACACCUGAAGUCAUCAAGGAGCCUCUACAUCAUGUGCCACAUCCCAGUGUUCUGCUGGAUCUCAGCCGCUGUUCUGGAGAAGAUGUUGAGUCGAGGAAAGAGAGGAGAGAUUCCCAAGACUCUCACUCAGAUGUACACACACUUCCUGAUCCUUCAGACCAACAUCAAACAUGAGAAGGACUAUGAGAAGAAGGGGAAAGAUGAAGACAUGAUCCUCAAACUGGGGAAAGUGGCUUUUGAGCAGCUUGUGAAAGGAAACCUGAUCUUCUACGAGGAAGACCUGAGAGAGUGUGGCAUUGAUGUGACAGAAGCAUCAGUGUACUCAGGAUUGUGCACUCAGAUCUUCAGAGAGGAGCUGGGCUUGUAUCAGGGGAAAGUCUUCUGCUUUGUUCAUCUGAGCAUUCAGGAACAUCUAGCAGCUCUAUAUGUGCACCUCUCCUGUACAAACCACAACAGAAAUGUGUUUGAGCCAAUCACCAAACAGAGUUUACUGUCUAAAGUGAAGAAACAGUUUAAACUCAGUUCAUCAGAACAUGAUUCAUUAUCUGAGCUGCAUCAGAGAACUGUGAAAGAGGCUCUACAGAGUAAAAAUGGACAUCUGGAUCUUUUCCUGCGGUUCCUUCUGGGUUUGUCAGUGGAGUCUCAUCAGAUUCUCCUUCAACGAAUAAUGAAGCUGAAAAGAAGCAGCUCUGACAGAAAUGAGAAAACAGUCGAGUACAUCAAGGAGAAGAUCAGGACCAUUGAGUCUCCAGAGAAAUCCAUCAAUCUGUUCCACUGUCUGAAUGAACUGGGUGAUCGUUCACUAGUGGAGGAAAUACAACAGUAUCUGAAAUUUGGAGGAAUAAAGGAAGCCAAUCUCUCUUCAUCUCAGUGGUCAGCUUUAGUUUUUGUGUUGUUGACAUCAGAAGAGGAACUGAAUGAGUUUCAUCUUGAUAAAUUUGUUAAAGGAAAGGAUAAUCCUGAAAAUAUGAAAGUUCUUCAGAAGUUGCUGCCUGUGAUUAAAGAAUCCAGAUCAGUUCAGUUGAGAGAUUGUGGCGUCACAGAUGAAGGUUGUUCUGCUCUGACUUCAGCUCUGAGAUCAAACCCCUCACACCUGAGAGAACUGAAUCUGUCUGGGAAUAAACUAAGAGAUUCAGUGAAGCUGCUUUCUGAUGUACUACAGGAUCCUCACUUUAAACUGGAGAAACUGGGGUUGAGAGAUUGUGGCGUCACAGAUGAAGGUUGUUCUGCUCUGACUUCAGCUCUGAGAUCAAACCCCUCACACCUGAGAGAACUGGAUCUGUCUGAGAAUAAACUAAGAGAUUCAGUGAAGCUGCUUUCUGAUGUACUACAGGAUCCUCGCUGUAAACUGGAGAAACUGUGGUUGAGAGAUUGUGGCGUCACAGAUGAAGGUUGUUCUGCUCUGACUUCUGCUCUGAGAUCAAACCCCUCACACCUGAGAGAACUGGAUCUGUCUUACAAUAAACUAAGAGAUUCAGUGAAGCUGCUUUCUGAUGUACUACAGGAUCCUCAGUGUAAACUGGAGACACUCGGGUUGAGUGGUUGUUGCAUCACAGAUGAAGGUUGUUCUGCUCUGACUUCAGCUCUGAGAUCAAACCCCUCACACCUGAGAGAACUGAAUCUGUCUCACAAUAAACUAAGAGAUUCAGUGAAGCUGCUUUCUGAUGUACUACAGGAUCCUCGCUGUAAACUGGAGAAACUGUGGUUGAGAGAUUGUGGCGUCACAGCUGAAGGUUGUUCUGCUCUGUCUUCAGCUCUGAGAUCAAACCCCUCACACCUGAGAGAACUGAAUCUGUCUGGGAAUAAUCUAAGAGAUUCAGUGAAGCUGCUUUCUGAUGUACUACAGGAUCCUCGCUGUAAACUGGAGAAACUGUGGUUGAGUGAUUGUGGCGUCACAGAUGAAGGUUGUUCUGCUCUGACUUCAGCUCUGAGAUCAAACCCCUCACACCUGAGAGAACUGAAUCUGUCUGGGAAUAAACUAAGAGAUUCAGGAGUGAAGCUGCUUUCUGAUGUACUACAGGAUCCUCGCUGUAAACUGGAGAAACUGUGGUUGAGUGAUUGUGGCGUCACAGAUGAAGAUUGUUCUGCUCUGACUUCAGCUCUGAGAUCAAACCCCUCACACCUGAGAGAUCUGGAUCUGUCUUACAAUAAACUAAGAGAUUCUAGUAAGAAGUUACUCUCUGAUCUGAAGAUGGAUCCACAUUAUAAACUGGAGACAUUAUCCUGUUGACUCUCAGUGUUUAGACGUCAGUUCAGUUUCCUCAGGAUCAGCUGAUGGUGAAUAAGGAGCCGCUUCAGAGACGUUCGAGAUGUUCAUUUUCCUGACUGACUCCUAACACUCGUUAUCUAAUUAUUGAUGUUGACAAAAUGAGAAUGUUAAAUUAGAUUUAAAUUAAAUUGGAAGGAAUAUGUUUAUGUGAACCACUGAAAGUUAUUGCACACGGAUCUUGUGGGAAACAUUUGUAUUCGUGCAGAAUGAGAUGUUGAUAUAUUUCUCUUUAAAUACUUUUUAUUUCUAAAUGUUUAUAUGUUGUUUAUAACAAAUAAUUUUAUAGCUGCUUAUAUUUUCUGCUUUGUAUUUUCCUCUGUUCUGAAUACUGUAAAAUUUAAAGGAUUCGCAAAUGAUUUUUUCUUCUCUCAACACAAUUUUGACUGAUAUAUGUACAGCAGAUAUUUUAUAUGUAUUUUUUAUCCAUGCAGCAAAUGUUUUUCAAAAAUGUUUAAAAAAAAAGCUUUUGGGAGAAAAAAAGUUUUUUAUCUUUAUAAGUAAAAAAUUGUCAUGAAUUUGCAAACCAAUUUACAACCAGCUGGGAACAAAAGAGCUCGCUGUAAUUGACUAAACUCAGAUUGCUGUUAUACAUGUAUUGCAAAUGAAUAAAUCAAGAGAUGUUUAGAGCUCAGUCUA